AUGACAAACCAAGUUGAUAGCUUCAAGCGCGCCCGCGAGCUCAAAGCCUCCGCACUGGAGAACAUCUCCAUUCUGCAGUCCACACCAUCCUCAUCCCUCAACCAGCUCAAUUUCCAGGACUCCGAAGACGCGCUCAUUACCGUGCUGCGCGCCGAAGGCAGACCCUGGGGCGACAUCGUCACACACCUCAACCAGCGUCGUUUCAGCAAUAAAGAAGCGCCAACCUGGACCGAAGCAGCAGUGUACUCGCGCUUCGUCCUGCACAACUCCGUCUCCGCCACGCCCGCCAAGGAGGUCGGUUUCGAGCCGGGGGACUACUCACACUUGCGAAAUGCGGGAAGUGGGCGCGAGGGCACGAGCAAGGCGGGCAAGAAGCGCGUCAAGGACUUCCAAAACGCGACGGAGUUGAGUGCGAAUAUUCGGAGGCCUGCUACUAUUGAGGGUGCUGAGGGUAGGGAUGCUGAGAAGGAGGAUGUGCUGGUGAAUGCUGUAGCGAAGGUGAAUAGGAACUUCUGGGUGUUUGUGGCUGACGAGGUGGAGAGGGAGGGCGGGAAGUAUAUUGAGCCGAAAGAGUUGGAGAAGGUCUUCCACAACAUCUGA